AUAAAAUGCCACAUAAGCUGGGGAAUUUCUGUACUUUGAUUUCAAACAGAAGUCUAUGUACAACACUUGAAUCUAAUUUCUCUUUCGAAACUGAAAAUAGAAUUUCAAGCUGGUCCAAAAAUGACUUUAUCAACUUUGAUUGCCUUAAUAGUUACGGCAACGUUAAUAUCAUGUGAAGCAACUUCAUAUAUUCCUCAAGUAUAUAGGCCAUGCAUUCAAAAGGCUGACGUUGUCUUUCUGCUGGACGCCUCAACCAGUAUCGGAGAACAAAACUGGACUCGCACAACAGAGAUAGCCGCAGACAUCACUAAGUAUGUUGACGUUCGUCCUGUUAGCGUCCUGUUCGCUACGGUGAUGUUUAAUCGCAUACCGACCAAACAGUUCGACCUCAAAGAUCACAUGGACCAUUAUUCUCUCGUAAAGGCUUUACUAGCAAUAGCAUACCCAGGUAUCCCAGGCACCAAGACCUACCUAGCCCUGCGGGACAUUACCAAUAAAAACAUGUUUGGUGCUGAGGCUGGUGGGAGAGACGACGCCCCGGAUAAUGUAAUCAUAAUAACGGACGGAAAUUCCGACUUUUCCCUAACCCAAACUGAAGCCACCAGACUAAAACAGGGAGGAAUAAACAUAAUAACAGUGGGUAUUGGCAGCAAGCAAUCACAAGAAGAGCUGAACGAGAUCGCUAGCGCUCCGGAGAAAGUCUUCAACGCGGACAGCAUAGAUCUUCCAUGGGAAAUCAUAGACUCACUGAAUAUGAAAGCUUGUGAACAACGCGAGGUUUCAAGAGAAAUGGACGAGAUUAUGCCCAUUUAUUAAAGAAAACACCACAGUCAAAAAUAAAAUAUUUUACGAUAAAGAC